GAAGAGACAAUGUUUCCCUUUCCCUAGAAACUGCGGACAUAGGCUUUGCAAUUUCCAAAAAAUGAACUCCUACAAGAAAGGCAUUGUCCGGACGUUACUUAUUCAGGAAGAUGUCAUUGGGAUGCUGUUCUAUCAAUCUCCGUUUGGGCAGCACUCGCGGAACCAGGGAGAUCUUCCACUUACGCCGUAGCAUCAAGUUGCCGCACUUAUAUUUUCAUCAUGGACAGCUGGCGUCCUUUCCAACUAGAGGCCAUCGCCCUCGCUUCUACGGGCUUCUACGGACAAUUCUGUCUAAACAUGCUGCAAGCAUUACGGAUUCGAUCCUCCCAGUUUUACCCGGCCGAAUCCCAUCAAACCCUCCUCAGAACGCGACGAAAUCUUCAAGUACAAUUGAAUCGCAUAUAGACUAUCAUGUUCUGCCAACCAAUACUUCCGGAAACGUAGUAAUCGUCGACGAGGAUACCUGUGAACCACCAGAAGCCACAACACAGCACGAAACAGCUGGUUCCGAGAGGCAGAUCGGCGACCAAGUCCGCUUCCUGAUGCGCCGGGUCCCGCACCCCGUCGCAAUAAUCACAUCCACAGACCCCAGAUCACCCACGGCACAGACUGCCUUUCGAGGCAUGACCGUCUCCUCCUUCAACACAGUAACGCUCUACCCGGAAACCAUCGUCUCCUUCAAUGUGAAACUCCCCUCCGAAACGUUCAACGCCAUCGACGCCUCGUCCCGCUUCCUCGUCCACCUCUUAGCACCCACGAAUACAACCGCACGCCUAGCGAGGGACUUCUCCCAGGGAAAUGCAAAAAUCAUGCGUGCGGACGAAAGCGCCACUUUUUUUCAAUUCGUCCCGAUGAGCGGGGGAGAUGGUGGUCGGGUGCCGUCGAUUGCGGAGGGGGAGCCGCCGCGUCUCGUGCUGUUAAACAAUGCAAAGAAGGACGGCGAAUCCUCUCUGCCUACGGAAGCAGGGCGGGUGGACGGUAGCGGUAGCUCUGUUACUCCCGCCCCUGUUGCUACCGCGGAUUAUUUCCCAUUUAUCUUCGAAUGCCGAUAUCUCUCGCAAAGCGUCAAGGUAGGGAAUCACGUCAUUGUGCUGGGGCGGGUGGUGAAGGUUAUCUGCCAAGAGGCAGCUGGCACAUCCGAUUCUGGAGAAACAUAUAGUCCGGAGCAUUUAUGCUUAACUUACGCUGAUACACGGUUCUGGAAAAUUGGGGAGACUAUUUCAUCCGUUUGA